AUGGAGACUGUUGUACUACCCGGAAAUUCACACUUCGGCACCAUGGGCUGGCUUAACCAACACAUUAAGAAAGUGAUGGGAGCCGGCAUAAUUAUGGGAUUUGCAUUUGUGGCUCUAUUACUUGCGUAUGUUGGCUACCUAUCGUAUUUCACUACUGACAAGGCCAUCUUCAAUUUGGCCUUUAUGGUUGGUUCUUUUGCAACAGCAACCGCUAUUAGCAAUAUCAUUGGCACUGUUGGUUUAUUUACCGAAUCCGAAGCUACGAAUACCAUCUUCAAAUGGAACAACAUGUUCAUAACUGUCAUUUCCAGUAUACUUUCAGGGAUUCAUUUUGCCAAGGCCACGCAUGCUGGUAGACAAAUACCGCAAAAUACUAGCAUGUCGAGUAUAUUUUUCAUGACUGGAAUUGGCUGUGUGUUUAUGGCUGCCCUUUAUGCAGGGUUGACCUUCAUGGCAUUCAAAUACGGUCGACUACUGAAACGGACUAUAUACACCACUGAUUUCAAACUGAACGACACGGUUCACACGAACUGCGAUGACCUGAAUAGAACCCAGUGCAUGGAACCCCCAAAACCGGGUACUGAGGUGUGA